AAAGCCAUCGCAGUGUUGCCAGAUCGGAGAGUGGACACGUCAGCUGGCAGGGCACGGAGACUCACGGGCCGCCACCACCACACACCCUCCACCACACACCACACAGGAAUAUUACUGAGCCGCUGUAACCUUCAGGAUGGUGCUGCUUGCGGCGGCCGUGUGUACCCGCAGUGGGAAGGCGCUGGUGUCUCGGCAGUUUGUGGAGAUGACCAAGUCUCGCAUUGAGGGUUUGCUGGCGGCCUUCCCUAAGUUGAUGACCAGUGGGAGGCAGCACACCUUUGUGGAGACAGAGUCGGUGCGUUAUGUCUAUCAGCCGCUGGACCGCCUCUACAUGCUGCUCAUCACCACACGCGCCUCAAACAUCCUCGAGGACUUGGAGACACUCAGACUGUUCUCUAGAGUGAUCCCAGAGUAUUGUCGCAACAUGGAGGAGAGUGAGAUCCUAGAGAAUUCCUACCACCUGAUCUUUGCUUUCGACGAGAUCGUGGCGCUGGGCUACAGAGAGUCCGUCAACCUGGCACAGAUUCGCACCUUCGUCGAGAUGGAUUCGCACGAGGAGAAGGUUUACCGAGCCGUGAGGGAGACACAGGAGAAGGAGGCGCGCUAUAAGAUGAAGGAGAAAGUGAAGGAGCUGCAGAGGAAGCGCCACGAGGAGAUGAAGCGCGGCAACAAGGGCAGCAGCUACACAGGAGGCAGCGGCGGCGGGUUUGGCGUGUCUGGUGUGUCUGGCGGCUUUGGUGGCAGUACUGGUAGCUUCCCCAGUCCCACCGAGACCAUCCCAUCCCCUACACAGGUGCUGGAGACUCGACCCAGCACUAUCAAACCAGCCGGACCAAACCGUGCCAUGAAGUUAGGCAGCAAGGCGAAAGAUGUGGACUCCUUCGUGGAUCAGCUCAAGUCCGAGGGGGAGCGUGUCGUCUCCUCCACCGAGCCUGUGUCCACCGUGUCGCCCACCAAUACUCCUGCGGUGGAUAUGGAUGUUGUGCACAUCGUGGUGGCAGAAGACCUGGUGGUGCAUGCCGGGCGUGAUGGAGGCCUCAAGACAAUGGAGAUCCAGGGCAUUCUCAAGUUGCGCAUCUCAGACCCUGACUAUGGAUACAUCAAGGUUCAGGUGGACAACACUGACUCCCGGCCCAUCCAGCUGCAAACUCACCCCAACGUGGACCGCGAGCUGUGGCGUUCAUGUGGCCAGAUUGGCAUGAAGAUGUCCAACAAACCCUUCCCACACAACACAGACGUGGGCGUGCUCAAGUGGCGCUUCCAGACCAAUGAGGAGAAACAUGUGCCCCUCUCCAUCAACUGUUGGCCCCAGGAGAAUGGCGCCGGCAGCUGUGACGUCAACAUAGAGUACAACCUUGAGAACCUUGAGAUGGAGCUGAGCGAGGUUGUCAUCACCAUCCCCCUGGCUCCCGGCGCGCCCCCACCAGUCAUCAAUGAGUGUGAGGGGGAGCAUGAAUACAGCCGCGCCCACUGUGCUCUGGUGUGGCGCAUCCCGGUGAUUGACAAGACAGCCCCCACAGCCGCCAUGGACUUCACAGCUCGAGGGGUUCCGGAUAAUUUCUUCCCCGUUCGUGUCUCCUUCAACUCCACCAGAAUGUUUUGUGAUAUCAAGGUCUUGGGAGUGGUGAGUACAUCUGAUGGCGCCCCAAUCAACUUUUCCCAAGAGACACAGAUGAAGACCAACGUUUACGAGAUCGACUAGACACGCUCCGCUUCCCUCGUGGCGCACAACUAUUAGAGGACUCAAGUUUAGUUCCCUGGGCCAGGUCUUAUUUAGUGAUGUGACUGAGAGGUAGCCAAAUCAACCAGCCAGCCAGUUCACCAGUCAGUCACCAGUUAGCUAGAGAAACCGGUUAUUAUUUUGAAGUCUCUGUACAUUCCGUGUUUGUUGAUGGUGAGGAUUAUUUUCUUGGAGCUUUUUGUGGUUAACUUAUUCUGUUUAUCGUAUUUACUUUCAUGGUUUAGUUGUCAAUGGUGUGUGUGAAGGCAGCCGGGGUGUUGUGUUGUGUUGUGUUGUGUCUCAUGGGUGUCUGUGCUGUGUUGAAAGGGUGUGUGUCUCCCGCUUGACCCACUCCACACUGCUGCUCCUCCCAUCAUGCAGUUCUUGGUUAUUGUUUGUCUAUUGCUGCUGUUCUCAUCGCUAAAUUUGAAUGUUUAUGUUCCUGUUGUGUGUUUGUUGUGUUUGUUCCAUUGACUCAAGUGGAAAUCAGUUUUUUUUUUUUCUUCUUUCUUUUUACGUAUGAUUUUAAUUUUUCUUUUAGUUCAUCAAUAAAUUUUUUUUUCUGGAGUUGGCUGUUAAAAUUUUCUUGACUUUUCUAAAAUAUUGUGGGUUUCACUAAAUAUUUUCUUUCCUCAUGUGGUUUUCACUAAAUUUUCUUGUGUUUUGAAGUUUGUCAAAUUUCACUGCAUUAUCUACGACAUUUAUCACUUUUUUUCUUUAAAUACACAAUUGAACACUUCCACAUUAAACAGGGUAAAAAAAAUUGCUAUCAGGAAGAUAAAUUUUGGCUAAAACUGCAGCAUUUGUACAGGAAAACAAACUUUAUAAACUGCAGAGAAACCACGAUUAUCUUUUGCAACAGAGAAGAAUUACUACAUUAUCUGCAUCUGGGUCUUCUCAUCCUCCUCUUCCUCUUCCUCUUCAUCCUCCUCCCUUCCCAUCAUCAUCCCACACACUCCCCUCAACCAUAUGUAUGCGUCACACCCUAUCUCUUUACCAAGGUGGACCAGGCAAAGCAUCACACACACACACACACACACACACACACACACACACACACACACACACACACAGCCCUGUCAGCCUCUGGUGGAAGGGGACAGUCUUGUGGAUCCCUCCCCCUACUACACCCCAGGAACUUGGACACACCACAUUGAUAAGGAACAGUCUCGUCUUAAUCUUUCCUCCUCCUCUUUUUCUUUCAUGUCCUCUCACACUCCUGUAUAUUCACAUUAACACGUCCUUCCUAUGUAUUAUCUACACCUCUCUCUCUCUCUCUCUCUCUCUCUCUCUCUCUCUCUCUCUCUCUCUCUCUCUCUCUCUCUCUC